AGGGAAGCGGAGAAUGGACUUCAUCCUUCAUCCGUCAGCUGAUGCGCUUCAUCCCGACGUAAACACACUCAGCUAAUUACUUCAAGUUUUCGCUCAUUCUAGAUCAGUUAAGCAAAGCUCCGAAGUAAAGAAUCUCUAAGCCCCGGGGUGUUUCUGUCUGUCAGGUCGAGCGUUUCUUCGGUGAAGUGUAGACCCUCACCCGAGCUCAUGGCAGACCCGUGGCAGGACGCGAUGGACCAUGCAGUGGCCCUGGCCCGGAAAGCUGGGACGCUGGUCCGGGAUGCUGUGCAGAACGACAUGAAGGUGAUGUUGAAGAGUACCUCCGUUGACCUGGUGACCCAGACCGACCAGAAGGUGGAGAAGCUUAUUAUCGAAUCGGUGACCAAGAAGUUCCCCACUCACUGCUUCAUCGGGGAGGAGUCUGUGGCGGCGGGGGAGGCGUGUGUUCUGACCGACAGCCCCACCUGGAUCAUCGACCCGGUGGACGGAACCACCAACUUUGUUCACGGAUACCCGUUUGUGGCGGUUUGCAUCGGCUUUGCGGUCAACAAACAGCUGGAGUUCGGGGUGGUGUACAGCUGCAUCGAGGACAAGAUGUACACGGGCCGGAAGGGCAAGGGGGCCUUCUGCAACGGAGAAGCCCUGCAGGUUUCCGACCAGAGAGAUAUCACACAGUCCAUCGUGGCCUCUGAGUUCGGCUCCACCAGAGAUCCUGAGGUGAUGGACAAGGUGUUCUCCACCAUGAGGAAGGUGCUCUGUCUGCCGGUCCACGGCCUGCGUGGGGCAGGCUCGGCCGCCAUCAACAUGUGCCACGUGGCGGCGGGCAGCGUGGAGGCGUACUACGAGACGGGGAUCCACUGCUGGGACUUCGCCGCCUCCGCCGUCAUCGUGUCGGAGGCCGGGGGCGUGCUGAUGGACGUGGAGGGAGGUCCGAUGGACCUGAUGUCCAGGAGGGUGGUCGCAGCCAACUGCCAGGUCAUCGCGGAGCGAAUUGUGAAAGAAAUCGAUGCUUUCCAACCCACGAGAGAUGACGCUGCAGCGCAGGAUUAACCACUAAUGCACCACAAGUCCUUUUUAAUGGGUGUAUCUGCGGGAAGACUAUGUUCUGAAGCAAAGUCAUUCAAUCUGUUUGUAUCUGAUCUACUCUGUAACUGUAACUAACCUGAACUGAAAGUUUUUAAAGAUUUAUUUAUAAAAGAUUACUUUCUCAGCCAA